AAAUGGCCCCCAUCGCCAUUCCCAGCAUCCCCUCAAUCAAAGAGGCCGACACCGUCCAACCAAAGAAAGACAACCUCGGCCUCCCCGAAGCUGCGCGUGCUCGUCUCGAGAAGGCGGGCAUCGACCUCUCAAAUGGAUACCCCUACCGCCCGGCCAAACCGCUAUACAUCGACGAUGUCUACAAGAUCCGUGACUACGACCGCCCCUUCACGGACCCUGGUUCUCGCGCUGACCCAGAGAAGAAGGCUCUCUUCUCUGCUGCUAAGGAAGUGAAGGACCUCACCGUCCACAUCGGCACUGAGAUCGUGGGACUGCAACUCAAAGACCUCACGGACCAGCAGAAAGAUGAGUUAGGACUUCUGAUUGCGGAGCGGAGUGUUGUUUUCUUCCGUGACCAGGACCUCUCGCCGCAGGACCAGAAGAAGCUGGGCGAGUAUUAUGGGGAGAUUGAAGUGCAUCCGCAGGUCCCUACGGUUCCAGGACUUCCAGGUGUCACGGUGCUCUGGCCAGCACUCCAGGCGCAGGAGUUCCCGGCGAGCUAUAGGAACCCGGGAGGCGCGAGUCGAUGGCACACGGAUCUUGUGCAUGAGAGGCAGCCCGCAGGUGUGACACAUCUGCAUAAUGAUACGAUCCCGAGCCUUGGAGGGGAUACGCUGUGGGCGUCCGGUUACUCCGCUUAUGACAAGCUCUCGCCCGAGUUCCGAAAGAUCAUCGAUGGCAGGGAGGCAGUGUAUCGCAGUGCGCAUCCGUAUCUCGACCGCAACGAUCCCACAGCAGGCCCGAAGUUCAUUGAGCGAACUCAUCCCCUUGUUCGUGUGCACCCUGCCACCGGCUGGAAAGCGCUCUGGGUCAACCGCAUCAUGACGGUGAGAAUCGUCGGCCUCGACAAGGCUGAGAGCGAUCUCAUCUUGGGCUAUUUGUAUGAUGUCUACGAACAGAAUGUGGACAUUCAGGUGCGAUUCAAGUGGACUCCGAGGACGUCCGCGCUCUGGGACAAUAGGAUCACCAUACAUAAUGCCAGCUGGGACUACGAAGGAAAGGAGCCGAGACAUGGAACGAGAGUUACUUCGCUCGCGGAGAAGCCGUAUUACGAUGCAAAGGCGAAGAGCAGACGGCAGGCUUUGGGAUUGGCUGGGCCGGAGGAAUGAGAAGCUUCUGUUCUAAAUAGCCAAAUAUCGAGUGAUUCAAUC